AAUGACAGCCGACGCAUGCGCCUCACCGUGUGUGCGCUCAACCUCGAUUUGCCAGCGCCGGUGCAUGCGCAGUGUCUUUGUUUCCCCAGGUUGUGUGGAGCGGGUGACGCAUGCGUAGUGGCCCCGGCUGGUCGGCCGCCCGGCCCCGGGAGAGAUCGGUGGCUCCAUGGGAGGAUGAAGGAGAUGGUUGGAGGCUGCUGCGUGUGCUCGGACGAGAGGGGCUGGGCCGAAAACCCGCUUGUCUACUGCGACGGGCACGGCUGUAACGUGGCGGUGCAUCAAGCCUGCUAUGGAAUUGUACAGGUGCCCUCUGGUCCCUGGUUCUGCCGUAAAUGUGAGUCGCAGGAGAGAGCCGCCCGGGUGAGAUGCGAUUUGUGCCCACAUAAAGACGGGGCGCUGAAGAGAACGGACAACGGAGGUUGGGCGCAUGUUGUGUGCGCCCUCUAUAUCCCAGAGGUCCAGUUUGCCAAUGUUCUGACCAUGGAGCCCAUUGUGCUGCAGUAUGUGCCACACGAUCGCUAUAGUAAGACCUGCUACAUCUGUGAGGAUCAGGGAAGGGAGAGCAGAGCAGCGUCUGGGGCCUGUAUGACCUGCAACAAACAUGGCUGCCGGCAAGCCUUCCAUGUGACAUGUGCUCAGAUGGCCGGGCUGCUGUGCGAAGAAGAAGCUCAAGAGGUGGAUAAUGUCAAAUAUAUCGGAUACUGCAAAUACCAUUUUAACAAGAUGGUGCGAGACCCGCAGAAGGUCUCCCGACUUCCUUGUCCGUUUGUCCCAGGCCGAUGCAGUCGCUCGGGGUCCCCCUCCCUGGAUAAAUCCCUCCUGUUUAGAGAGAGACAGAAAAAGAGUCACAAAGAUAAGGAGCGAGUAAAGCACCGCAAGCACCACGAUUCCCCCGGCCACUUAACUGUUCCCUCGCUGCUGCCUGUACCGGCCGAGAAGCAUGAGACAAGUACAGACAGCCCAGAGGUCAUGAGAUCAGAAGUGAAAGUAAAAAAACCAUCAAGCCACAAAGGUCGCAAAACCGGUGGAAAAGGGUUAGCUGGAACUGGAGGGCCCCUUCCUUCAGGUAGUAGUGCCUCUUCUACUCCGGACCUCAUCACCUUUCCUAAGCUGGAGGAACAGGAUGAGGAAGAAGAGGAAGAGGAUGAUGACGAGGAAAGAGGAGGUCCUUCCAAACAAACGCCUACAUCACCCCCAGAACUGACUUUCUCUAGCUUUGGAUCCAUAAUGCGCUUCUCCACUGACCCCAGCCCAAACCCUCGCACAUGGGAUCCAACUCCAGGGGAACAUCGACCACAGAAGUGGAGCAGGGAAGCAGCAGAAGGACCUAGGGAGAAAAAACACAAGGGAAACAAGAAGGGCAGCAGACAUGGUCCCGGUCGGCCUCGAGGGAGCAAAAAUAAUCCUUCUCACAGCACCGCACCCCCCACCCUAACUGCUCCACCUCGGCACUAUACCCACCACUCCUCUCUGCACAGUGUCAGCCUCGAGUCCCCUCUGCUCUCCUCCGGUAUCUACACCAGUAACAAGGACCCCAUUUCCAUCAGAGCAGCCUGCAGCACCCCUCUGCCGUCAAGCCUUCUGUCUCACCAGAGUUCCCUCCCUCCAUACAGCAGAGGCUGCUCAAUUGCUCCAUCUUCUUCAACCUCAACUACGCAGGUUUUUUCUCUGGCUGGUUCCACAUUCAGUAUUCCCUCCUCUCACAUAUUUGGAAGCCCUCUCUCCAUGCCUCCUCUUCUCAGUCAGGCCAAGAGACGCCCAGAACCUGAACUGGAAGACUGCAGCUUUGUCUGUAGGGGGAGUUCCCCCCGAGAAAGCCUGUCCUCUAUGUCACCCAUCAGCAGCCUGCCACCUCUCUUUGAUUCGAGCGUCCCCUGCAGUCAGAAUGAGAGUGUUCCGCAUGCUACGGCCAACCUUGAGCAGCUCCUGGAGAAGCACGGCGAGGCGGGGGUUAACAUUGUAGACAUGCUCCAGGCCCUGCACGCUCUGCAGAAGGAGAAUCGCUCUCUCCAAGACCAGAUCAUGACACUGACGGCUCGCAAGGAGAAGCUCCAGCUGCUCAACGUUCAGCUCUCGUGCCCAUUCCCCCCAAGCUUGCCCCAUUUCAGCACACACCUCGUGGGCUCCCAAGAGUCUCUCUGCAGUAAAAGUCCAACUUCUAAGGGAAGCUCAUCUUCGGAGGAUCCACAUUCAGGCUGCCCCAGCAGAAGUAGCUCCUGUUUGUCUUUGCACAGCACCCCUCCUCCUCCUCCUCCUCCUCCUCCAGGUCCUCUGAGCCAGACGGGCACCCAGCUUUCAUCUCUAGGGGCAGAGCAGCUCAUGACUGGACUGGCCCGAGCUUCUGCCACUUCCACACUUGCAGCCUUUCCAUUCCUAGGGGCAUUGUCGGGCAGCCCAGGAACCCUCACAUUGAAUGGCAUUCUGGGAGCUGUAAAUGGAGGUCUACAAGGGGCCUCGGGCCAGUCCCAGAAUCCUUUGCUCAGUGGCACUGCCAGUGCACAGAUACCAGCCAGUUUUGCCAACCUGAACUCCCUGUCAGAGCAGCAACGACACCUCGUCCAGCAGAUCACGUCUGCACAUCUUUCCACGGAACAACAGAGCAUCUUGUAUCAGCUGGUCCAGCACAUCCAGCAGAGGAGGGACUUGCAGCGCCUAAUGACAUCACCACCUGCCCCGCCCUUGCUUCCUGUGACAUCAACUUGCACUGCAAUGUCAUCAUCACCUGCUCCACCUGUUCUCACUGCACAGGCCCCCCCCUUCCUGGGGUCCCCAGUUGAGGGGGGGGUAUCGAAAACAGCAAGAGCGGCUGAGAAGACUCCCACCAACCACGACAAAAGCUAAACCAAAGUCCCUGGCACUGGCCGACACCCAUAGGACCCCCCUCGCUGCAGGAGAGUGGAGCUCUGCCCGUGGCACCAGGAAAAGGGGACACACGAGAUCUCGGCGGGACGCAGAAUACAUAGCGAAUAUCCCGCCGAGGAAUCCGUGUGUAUAAAGCGUGUGUAUAUA